AUGAAGCUGGAUACCUCGCAUAUGCGGUACUUGACCGCGGAUGAUUUCAAAGUGCUGCAGGCCGUUGAGCAAGGGUCGCGGAACCACGAGAUUGUUCCUACGCAGCUGAUCCACCAAAUCUCGAAGAUGCGUUCCAUAUCCGGUACCAACAGGUCUAUCAGUGAUCUGGCGAAACUGAAGCUGAUCUCGAAAGUGCGUAAUGCGAAGUAUGACGGUUACAGACUGACUUACAACGGUAUCGACUACCUGGCGCUGAGGACGCUGCUUAAUCAGGAAGUGGUGUACAGUGUGGGUAACACCAUCGGUGUCGGUAAGGAGUCCGAUAUCUACCAGGUGAGUGAUAGAAACGGUACCGCAAAAGUUAUGAAAAUACACAGACUGGGUAGAACCUCGUUUCAUACAGUGAAAAACAACAGAGACUACCUGAGAAACAGCAGGCAAGGUACAAACUGGAUGCACCUCUCUAAGUUGGCCGCUAGUAAAGAAUUUGAGUUUAUGUCUAUGCUUUACGCUAAGGGCUUCAUUGUCCCACAGGCGUAUGGUUGUUCUAGACAUGUGGUGGUCAUGGAUUUAAUCGAUGGUUAUCCGAUGAGAAGACUAAGAGAACAUAAAAAUAUUCCAAAGCUGUACAGCGACCUAAUGACGUUCAUUGUCAAGCUGGCAAAUAGCGGGUUAAUUCAUUGUGAUUUCAACGAGUUCAACAUUAUGAUCAAAAACGAUGAAGCCGUCACAGAUGAAAAGGACUGUGGCUUUGUAGUUAUUGAUUUCCCACAAUGUAUUUCCAUACAGCAUAAGGACGCUGAGUUCUAUUUCAAAAGAGAUGUUGACUGUAUAAGAAGGUUUUUCAAGAAGAAAUUAAAGUAUGAUCCACAGCCUGAAGCUGGUAUGUUGGAUACCGACGGUUUCGGUGAAGGAUACAAAUAUGCAUACCCAGAUUUCAACCGUGAUGUCAAGAGAACUGAUAAUCUAGAUGAACUAAUGCAAGCAUCAGGAUACAGUAAAAAACACCCCGGUGAUAGAUACCUAGAAGAAGCUGUUGAGAGCAUGAGAAAUGCGGAAUACAACUCCGAUGAUGAUAUUGAUGUAGCAGAAGAUCGGAGUGAGGAAGAAAGUGAUUCGGAUUAUGACUAUUAUUAUACAGAAGAGGAUGAAGAGAGUGGUGAAGAUAGUGAUGGAGAUAGUGAGGAAGAAGAAAAUGAACGAAUUAUUGAAGCUUUGUCCUCAGGAGUUGGCAACUUAAAAAUGGACAAGUUGGGUAAUUAUAUACUGGAAGAUUAA